AUGCCAGCCACAAUCGAUCACACUGCAUAUCCCUACCUCAUCGACCUCAUCAUCGAUAACUCGCAUGUGGACGCACUCCUCAAGCUCCGCGCAACAUCCAAGAGCUUCCGCGACCGCCUCACCACCCUGCUGUACACCCACGUUCUGGUCGGGAACGGAUACACCAACGACCCGUUCAGCGACAAUCUCCUCGUCCUCAAGCGUCCAUCCUCCCGUCCCCUGAUCUAUCGUGAACUUGGCGACGUUUACUCGCCUCCCUAUCUGCCCUUCCUCCGGGAUCCAGUCCAAAUACUAGAUCGCGAACUCACCGGCUUCUACACCCCCCGACCCGAAGACAGCUACCCUUUCGACAAGAUUCGCGGGUUCACCAAUGUCACCACUGUGCGACGUCUGGGGGCCCAUACCCUCUCCACCAUUGGCGACUUUCCUUUCGGCGCGCCCGGCAUCAGGUGCGUAGACUAUUUGACGACCGAGGGACUCGUCCACAAUGAGCCAUACUCGAUCAACUUCAUCCCUGCGGUAGCUGUCUACAUUCUGCAUCUCCAGUGGGAUCCAGACAUUGAGACAAGCAUGGACUUCUUCUUCUAUGGCCCAAACUCCCACCGUUAG